AUGAAGCUUCUAUAAUUACCUCCACAUUAUAGAGUAAAAAUUGAAUUCACGUUGUAUAUGUAAAUUAUUUAAAUAACAAUAGUAUUGAUUCAUUAAGAGCUGGCUUAUAAUGUUGAGUAUAAAACAGAAUAAGGAUAAUCUAAUUAUUGUGGAAUUGAUUAUUUUAAUGAUUAAAUCAAGGAUAUUUAAUUUGAAAUUGAUCAUAAAGGAUUAACAACAAACUUAUACUUAUCAAGUACUUUGGAUUCUAAUCCAUGGGAUGUAUAUUUUUUAUAUAAAAAAGGAAUCUUGGGGUUUUAGGAAUUUCAGACUUUACAUUUAUUAAUGCCCAUCUGGAUGUUUAAUUUGUUCUUAAGAUGAUUAUUAAUCAGAUUGUUUAGUAUGGGUGCUUUUUGACUCCUUCUAUACAGAAAUUGAUCCUAACCUAUUUGAAGUAGAAGGGUGGAAUAUUGACAAUUAAUAAGUAGCAAAAAAAAAAAAAUGCAAAUGUAAAAAAUUUUAUAAAGCUUUUAGCUGUGCCAAUCAUUUGUGGAGAAAGUCUUUGUGGUAAAGACACCAUAAUUUCCAAGAAUUUUUAUUCAUUACCAAUUCAUACAAAAAUGAAAAUAAAAUUUAAGUACUUAAAAGUUGAUAGUUGGGAAAUCAAUGAUUAAAUAAUAUUAAAAGUUGAUGGAGAAAUAAAAUGGAUUGCUUCGCUAUCAUUAAUUAAUCAAUAUUAAUAUAGUCUUUGUGGAAAUUAUUACCCAGAAGUAUCUAUAAAUGUAGAAGUUACUUUUAUGCAUUCAUCAACAUUUGCAUUAGUUCAAAUUUUGAAUACUUUAGAUUAAGAUUCAACUGAUGAGUCUUUUGGAAUAAGAGAUAUUCAAAUAUACAUAGGUAUAUAAAAUUAUUCAUUUAGAAUAAAUAUUAUGUGGAGAUUAAAUAAUUCAAUUUUCAGAAGAUUGUGAUGAUGGAAAUUUGUUUCCAUUUGAUGGUUGUUUCAAUUGUAAAUACUCAUGUGUUGAAGGAUGUUCUUUAUGUCAUAAAGGGAUAUGUCUAAAUUGUUUUUAUGGAUGGGUUUUUUAGAAUAAUCUAUUCAUAUGCUUAAGAAUUAUUAAUUUAGAUUAAUAGUAAUAAUAAAUCAGUUUAUAAACUAAUGGAAAUGAAUUAGAUUAUAAAACUGUUAUUGAGUGUCGCAAAGGUUUCUAUUUAAAUUGGAUUUCAUAUCAAUGUGAAUCAAUUUGUGGUGAUAAUUUCAUCACUAAUACUGAGGAAUGUGAUAUUGAAUCAGAAUUUUGUCAUGAAUGUAAGUUUCAAUGUAGUAGUAAUUGUUAAUAAUGUUAAUUUGGUAUCUGCUAAGUAUGCAAUAAAGAUUAUUUACUACAGAAUAAUCAUUGUGUUUAGACUGAAAUCAAUAACAGAUGUUAACCAUAAUACAAUAUUUGCAUUGAAAAUAUAUGCUAUCAAUGUUAAACUGGAUAAAUGUUGAUAUUAGGUUAAUGUUAAGAAAUUUGUGGUAAUAAUAAUUAUGCUAUUUAUACACUUGAAGAAUGUGUUUGUGAUCUUAAUUGUUUAGAAUGCAUUAGAGGUGUUUGCUAUGAAUGUAGUAACAAUUACAUGUUAAUAAACAAUAAUUGUUAUGAAAUUCCUGUUACUUGUGGAGAUCUUAUUAUUUAAGAAAAUGAAGAAUGUGAUGAUGGCAAUAAUAUUGAAUUUGAUGGCUGUUUCAAUUGUCAAUAUUCUUGUCCUAUUGGUUGUAAAGAUUGCAAAUUAGGAAUUUGUUAAGAUACUUGUUAAUAUGGAUUUUAUUUAAUAAAUAAUAUUUGCUCUCCUAUUUGUGGAGAUUCUAUUUAAGCUGAUCAUGAAUAAUGUGAUGAUGGCAACAAUAAUGAAUUUGAUGGAUGCUACUAAUGUUAAUAUUCAUGUCCUCAACAUUGUUCUGAUUGUUUAAAAGGAAUUUGUGUUGCAUGCAAUUUAGGAUUUCUUCUCAUUAAUAAUAAUUGUAUCAAUAAUUGUGGAGAUGGUAUUCUAAACUUAGAAGAACAAUGUGAUGAUGGGAAUUAAGAUGAUAGAGAUGGAUGCUCUCAAUUAUGUGAAAUAGAAUUUGAUUGGAUUUGCAAAUAAGGAACUGAUUGCACAUAUAUUAAGUACCCUAUUUUCAAAACAGAAUAUUUAAUGCAAAAAAAUUAAUAUUAAUAUGUUAAAAUCAGUUUUUCUCAACCUGUUUAAUCAUAAUCUCAAGUAAUUUAUAAAGACACUUUUGAUUUAGAAAUUUUAGAUUUAAAUAAAACCAUUUUUAAUAUAACUAUUAAGGAUAUAAAACCUGUUUAAUUCUUAAUUGUAUCAGAUGUAUAAUACAUUCUGUAAAUUGAAAUUCAAACAAAUUUAAAUUAUUAACCAAUUUUAAAAGUCAAUUUAACAGAAUAAUUAUACAGUAUUGAUGAUGCUCCAUUAAAAAAUACGAUAGACUAUAUACAAUUAAAUUAUCCGAAUUACAUGACUGAGGAAUAAGGUAAAUUUGCUAGUGCUUUUUAAAUAAUUAGUAAAGCUUCAAUCUUUUCUAUUUAUGGAUCUUCGAUUAUACUUAUUAUUUUAGGUAAUUCACUAACUUUUUGGGGUAUCUUAGAUGCCCUUCAAUAAUAAUCAUAUCUAAAAUUUAUUAAUGUCUAAUAUCCAUAGACCUUAAUCAUUUAUUUUGAAUCGAGUGAAUUGAUAUCAAUAUAAUCUUUAUUAAAUAGUAUAACUCGAUUAAAUAGAAUGGCUAAAGUCCUAGAAUUUCCUUAUUUAGAAUCAUAUGAAAAGUUUCAAUUUUAUGAAAUUAAUGCUAAUAUUACCGAAGGUCUAAGAACUGAAAUUAUUCUUUUUGGUACUUUUUCAUUUGUUUACUUGAUUAUAUUAAUUACCAUAAAGAUCAUAAAUAAUCUUGAAGUAAAUGAUAAAUUUUUAAGAUUUCCUAAAUUCAUUCGUUUUUUGCAAAAACAGAAGAGAAAAAUUUAUUUUAAAGUUAUAAGAACGAAUGGUUCUUUAGUUAAAAAUGCCUUAUUAGCAUGUAGUUGGGAUCUAAUUUUCAUGGCUUUCUUGGAAAUAAGCAUUUAUCAUGAUUUAGCAUUUUAUAAAACUUUUGUUCGGCUGUCUAUAGCUUUAAUAAUAAUAAUUACAACUUUAAUUUUUAUUUUAUCUCAGAUAACUGGAAUAUUGAAUUGGAAAAAAUAAAGUUUUCAUUAAUUUUGGAGGAAAAAAAAAGACUUUUUCAUAAUAAUAAAGAAAGUACUUAUUCUCUUGAUUCUGGUAUUUUAUUAACAUGAACAAGAAUUGUAAACUUUGAUUCUAACCCUAAUUAACUUAUUAUAUUUAAUCUAUGUAAUAAAUUUUAAACCAUUAGAUGACUAAUAAGAACACCUCAAAACUUUAAUUAUGGAAACAUCCUUAACUCUUUUUACGGCAUCAACAUUUUUAAAUUGGAAUUUAUUAUCUCAUUACAUUUAAUAUACUUAGAGGGUCAUUAUUAGUUGGAUUCAAAUAUCUUUAUUAGUAAGCGUUUUGAUAUCUUUUAUGUUUUUCGAACUUUAUAAUGCAUUAUUAAUUAUCAAAUAAAAGUUCAUAAAAUUAAUAGCUAAUAGAAAUGUUCCAAAAAGGUAGGAAGAGGAUUAAUCUUAAAAAUAAAAUAAUUAACAAAAAACAGAAAGGAAUUUAUAAUUAAAAAGAAUCCCAAUAGCUAGAGUUACUUUUUCUUGUCAAAUCCAUCAGACAGUUUGA